GUCUACAGUGAGGAAGUGGGUUAUGGCGGCGUAAACAAUGCAAUGGUCGGUUAUUCAAUGAAGCAGUCAUCGCAAAUAGGCUUUUACAAACACGACCACAGCUAUAAUAAGUAUGUUUUCCAUUGGAGUAUUUAUUUUGUGGGCGGACGCUAUUAAAACCCAACAAACUGGCUCUACAGCUGUUUGGUAGCUUUGGAAAACUUUUAGGAAGGUUUGCUCAUCUUAACUGAUAUCUUUGUAAAAAUGCAAUGUGUCGUAACGGGAGGAAACGUGAAAGUGCUGGGCAAAGCCAUCCACUCUCUGUCCAGGAUCGGAGACGAGCUGUAUGUGGAGCCUCAGGAAGACGGGCUAGCCCUGCGGUCUGUGAACUCCUCUCGAUCGGCAUAUGCUUGCUUCCUGUUCGCACCGCUCUUCUUCAGCAGGUAUUCCAUUCCCACCGGGCUCAACUUCCGCUGCAAGAUGGCAAUAAAGAGCGUGCAGUCCGUCUUCAAAUCUCUCGCAACUUUAGAGAAAACGGUGGAAAAAUGUCACAUCGGUCUCGAUGAGCAGAAAGAUCGCCUCACUUUCACGCUGCACUGCAAACAUGGCCUCCUGAAGACACAUAACCUGUCUUACCAGGACAGCGAAAGCUUGGAAGCAGUGUUUGAUAAAAACAGUUGUGCCAAUGUGUUCAGAGCCCAACCCAGAGUGCUGGUGGACACGGUUGUGCACUUCCCUUCAUCUCUGGAAGAAGUGACCGUGACAGUGAGUGACGAACGGAUGUGGGUCAGAAAUCAUGUGGAGGAUGAAGCAGAGCGCUCGAAGGCUAUGCUAACUGAGCUGUGCCUCGCUGCAGAUGAGUUCGACCACUUUGCCGUGAAAGCUCACCACAGCAUCACUUUUUGUCUAAAGGAAUUUCGGGGUUUGCUGUUGUUUGCGGAGUCCACUGGCCUCCCCGUGUCUAUGUACUUUGAUGAGCCAGGCAGCCCUGUGGUGCUUUCAGUAACAGACAGCGUUCUGGAGGGGAAUUUUGUGCUGGCGACGCUUUCGGAUGAUCAUGAUCUUCAAAAGAGCAACAGAGGAGGCGACGCAGACCAGUCGCAUCCUMCUGACGACUUCAUGAAUGACGACAUGGAUGCCUAUCUGAUUGCCAUGGAUACCAGUGCAGCACCAGGUCCCUCCACCGCAGACCCGCCCCCACYGUCAUUAGCCACAUCCAGAAAGCCCCCGGCACCUAAUUAUAGGACCAGGACGCACAGUGAGGAGGAGGAGGAAGAUGAUGAUGAUCCAGAGAAACCGCCAGAUAAAAAGUUCCGCUCCCUGUUCUUCGGAUCAGUCCUUCCUCCUUCGUCUCAGAUGAACACGCAGCCGCUUCCGACUCAGGAAGUGCUGGCCAGCGACAGCGAGGAUGAARCUGAGGCAGAAUGACGACCAGAGAUCUGACGGAGGCGAAACGUGGGAGCGCUGUUACACCACCACACCUGGAUUACUUGAAACGGAAAAAAAACUGACGCUUUGGAGCCGACUUUUUGUUUUUACUGGACAGACGUCGCUGUGCUGUUUUUACUGAGGACUCUGAUGUUCACGUUGAACUUAWAAACUGUGAUGAAGUGACGCUACGCAUGAAGCACUUCAGUUCGUUUUUACUUUGACUCUGUCUGGCUGACGGAGAAGCAGUUGCACCAAAGAAAAAUAAAUUUGCCUUUCAUAUCAUA